AUGAAAUUCAGUUCUUCCCUGAAGUUCAACGCAGUUGCAGAGUGGUGGGACGAAUACAUCGCGUACGACACACUCAAGAAGUAUGUUUACCAACUCGAGAAACAGCAGGCCGGAAUCCAUGACUCGUAUCACGACCUCGAGGCGAAUGAGGAGACUUCGCUGAUAGGCGCCUCAUCGUCCUUGUCUACCGAUGCGGUUUUUACUCCUCUGCUUGAUAUGGAACUCAAGAAAAUCUGUUCAUUUUACGAGACGCAGGAGAAAGAGCUCAUGACCGAAGUCGCGGCAUUGGAACGCCUUGUCCAACAACAGGAGGAGGUUGGCCCGGACGCCGGACAUCAAUACAUGAAUGGCUCAUUAGACGAGGAUGACGAGGAUGAAGAUGACGACGACUUCGAUCCCAACAGUCCGAUGAUCAGCAGGGAGCGCACACUCUCACCUGCUCGCCGUCGUCGCCACGCAAGAUCUGUGAGUUCCGGCAUAGGGAGCAAUGCUAAACCUGAUGCAACUGUGACUCGGAGGUAUAGCAUAUCAUCGAGUGAUGACCACGCGGAACUGGAAGCGAGCAUUGCUUCACUCCGGUCCACCGCGAACGAGCAAGCUGGUGGUCCCUCAGUAUCCAGGUCACCGAUAAACACGGCGACACGUAGCCUCGCGAACAAGUUCAACCGCUUACGAGACGCGGUGUCAUCGUCGGACACAGUUUGGACAGCGAAGAACAAUUAUGCGCGGGACAUCCAGCUGCUGUUCAAGCGGCGGAUCACAAAUCUCUACGUCUCGAUAACAUCGCUGAAGUCUUACGUUGAGCUCAACUACUCGGGAUUUCGCAAGAUUUUGAAGAAGUACGAUAAGGUCACAGAGAGCCAUUUACAGGACCAUUACUUGCAUGACGUUGUCGAACAAGCGUCCCCGUUUACACAGGGCUCCAAGGACCGGCUAAACGCUACCAUUAAUCGGUUACUAGAUCUCUACGCCAAGUGCGUCACGCGAGGUGAUCAUUUUACUGCUCAGAGACAGUUGAAGUUGCAUCAGCGGGAGCACAUCGCCUGGGAGCGCGACACUGUGUGGCGCCAAAUGAUUGGGCAGGCGCGGAGAGGCGAGCCAGACGGUGGGACGACUGCACUUGGUGGUGGUAGUCUUCUACUCGAACCUGAGCAAGGUUUACUCGACCUGAAGACACCGGCUGGCCGUUUGAAACUCACGGCAAAACAGCUUUACCUUGUUGUCUCCAUCGUCGUUUUCGUCGUCCUGCUCAAUGUGGAAACUGUGGAGGGUGUAGAAGCGAGUAGAUGUCUUGCUGUCCUGGUCUUCGCCACUAUCUUGUGGGCUACGGAGGCUAUCCCACUCUUCGUUACCUCAAUACUUGUUCCCUUGCUGUUGGUCUGUCUACGUACUCUCCGCUCUGCGAAUGGGGAAGAGCGCUUAACCACACCCGAAGCCACUAAGUACAUCUUCUCGGUGAUGUUUUCACCAACAAUCAUGUUGCUCAUAGGAGGCUUCACUAUUGCCUCGGCAUUGAGCAAGACUGCGAUUGAUCGUGUGUUAAUCACGAAGGUGCUCAGUUUUGCCGGUACGCGACCGAGUGUAGUACUUCUUGCUUUCAUGUUCGUGGCGUGCUUUGCGAGCAUGUGGAUUAGCAACGUCGCUGCGCCGACCUUGUGCUUCUCCCUUAUUCAGCCAAUACUCAGAACCCUACCACCGAAGUCGUCGUUUGCACCGUGUUUGAUAUUGGCUAUCGCCCUUGCAGCCAAUAUUGGUGGCCAGAGUUCCCCAAUUUCAUCGCCUCAGAACUUAAUCGCGCUCGCAGAGAUGGACCCCCAAUUAGAUUGGGGAAAGUGGUUUAUUGUUGCCCUGCCUGUCUCCGCCAUCUCGAUCCUCCUGAUAUGGGCCUUGCUCCUUGUGAGCUACCGACCGGCACGUUCGCCCGACGGCGAGGGCGAAAUCGAAAUCCGGGCGAUACGUGGUACGAAGGAGAAAUUUACGACAAAGCAAUAUUGGGUCUGCAUCAUCUGUGUGAUCACCAUUGGUUUGUGGAUCUUCGAGCACUACCUGGAACCUAUAGUGGGCGAUAUGGGCAUCAUUGCCAUAAUUCCCAUUGUCGCCUUUUUUUCCACUGGUGUCCUCAAGAAGGAAGACUUUGAGAGUUUCCUCUGGACGGUUGUCUUCUUGGCCAUGGGUGGCAUCGCGCUUGGCAAGGGUGUUACGAACAGCGGUUUGCUCCAGAUAAUGGACGAUGGCAUUCGUAGGCUCAUCGACGGUCUCCCCUUCUACACCGUCGUUCUUGUCUUGUCAUGCAUCGUCCUGGUCGUGUCCACCUUCAUCAGUCACACAAUCGCGAGCGUCCUACUUGUGCCCAUCGCGAAGGAAGUAGGGAGCAACAUGCCAGGCAAUAGGCAAAAUCUGCUGAUUUUCCUCACUGGUCUUAUUUGUUCAACGGGGAUGGGAAUGCCCGUGUCUGGCUUCCCAAACCAAACUGCCGCAAACCAGGAGGACGAUAUGGGUCAAUUGUACUUGACAAACGUCGAUUUCUUGAAAAAUGGUGUUCCCGCUAGCAUUAUUUCUAUGCUGGUCGUGGCGACUGUUGGCUUCCUGCUCAUGGAGGCUAUUGGACUUUGA